AUGUAUAUUACAUAUUUCAUCAAAAUUUCACGGAUAGAUUUCAUAGAAAAAUGGGGGCUGACUCCUGUCUUAAAGCCAAGGCAGGACUUACGCCCCCAACAAAAUACCGCCGAAGAAUUUGGAGAAUUAAGAUCAUUGCCAAAAUUAUUGAGCCAAGACGAUCUUGGGUAUAAUUCCUAUAAGAGAUAUGCUGGUUUAACCCACUUCGAACCAAUACCCCAUGAUCAUGAUUUUUGUGAAAGAGUUGUCAUAAACGUUAGUGGAUUACGGUUUGAAACACAACUAAGAACUCUCAACCAGUUUCCCGAUACGUUAUUAGGGGAUCCAUCUAGAAGAAUAAGAUACUUUGAUCCACUUCGUAAUGAGUACUUCUUUGAUCGUAACCGUCCAUCAUUUGAUGCUAUUCUAUAUUACUAUCAAAGUGGUGGUCGAUUGCGGAGGCCAGUAAAUGUACCCUUAGAUGUCUUCUCUGAAGAAAUCAAAUUUUAUGAGUUGGGAGAAUUGGCAACAAACAAGUUUAGGGAAGAUGAAGGUUUUAUAAAAGAAGAAGAAAAGCCUUUACCAUCUCACGAGUUUCAGAGAAAAGUAUGGUUAUUAUUUGAAUAUCCCGAAAGUUCUCAAGGAGCAAGAGUUGUAGCAAUUAUCUCAGUUUUUGUGAUUCUUCUGUCAAUCGUUAUAUUUUGCUUAGAAACCCUUCCAGAAUUUAAACAUUAUAGAGUAUUCAAUACAACUACAAAUGGCACGAAAAUAGAAGAAGAUGAAGUACCAGAUAUAACCGAUCCAUUUUUUUUAAUUGAAACCAUAUGCAUUAUAUGGUUUACUUUCGAAUUAUCAGUUCGCUUUUUAGCUUGUCCGAACAAACUGAAUUUUUUUCGAGACGUGAUGAAUAUAAUUGAUAUAAUCGCCAUAAUUCCAUAUUUUAUAACAUUAGCUACCGUAGUAGCCGAAGAAGAAGAUACUCUUAAUUUGCCAAAAGCACCCGUUAGUCCUCAAGAUAAAAGUACAAAUCAAGCUAUGUCACUUGCAAUUUUACGUGUCAUCAGAUUAGUCAGAGUCUUCAGGAUUUUCAAACUCUCAAGGCACAGCAAAGGAUUACAAAUCCUUGGAAGAACAUUAAAAGCAUCCAUGAGAGAGUUGGGACUGCUUAUAUUUUUUCUUUUUAUUGGAGUCGUACUUUUUUCUUCAGCAGUUUAUUUUGCUGAAGCUGGGUCGGAGAAUUCUUUUUUCAAAUCUAUUCCAGAUGCUUUUUGGUGGGCUGUAGUAACCAUGACAACUGUUGGAUAUGGUGACAUGACUCCAGUUGGAGUAUGGGGUAAAAUCGUUGGCUCAUUGUGUGCUAUUGCUGGAGUUUUGACAAUCGCCUUACCAGUCCCUGUAAUUGUCUCAAAUUUUAACUACUUUUAUCAUCGAGAAACUGAUCAAGAAGAAAUGCAAUCACAAAACUUCAAUCAUGUAACAAGCUGCCCAUAUCUUCCAGGGGCUUUGAGUCAAAAUUUGAAACGAAAUUCUUAUUCUGAAUCUUCAUCAGAUAUUAUGGAAUUAGAGGAAGGAAUUUUAUUGAAGCGAUCAGGAAUCUUGCGUAAAUCAAACUGUACUUCUUUCAAUAAUAACGUUAAUCUUGGUUGCAUAAGCAUAGAGACUGAUGUUUAAGGUUCACCUUCAGCAAAACAACAGUCUGGAUUUUUAUUAAUUCCAUAAAUAUUCAUUCAGAUUUUUCGAGGUUGUGUCAACUUCUCAGAAAGUACCUGAUAUAGAUUUAAAACAUUCAUGAAAUGGAUUGUGAAAAGAUAUUGGCCAAGUAUCUUGUACCGCAGUGGAUAUGAAUUGAAUACUUCUUUAGAUAUACGCGUCAUGAGCUUUUGCAUGGGAAAUUUUUGCACAAUUUUGUAUUAU